GGAGGUGGCGCGGGGGGUCCCGGCUCGGCGAUGCGGGUGCACCUGGGCGCGCUGGCCGGCGCGGCGGCGCUGACCGGGGCGCUCAGCUUUGUGCUCCUGGGGGCCGCCAUCGGCACGGACUUCUGACACAUCAUUGACACGGAGCGGCUGGAGCGGAGCGGCCCGGGGGCGUGGGACCCGGCAGGGGCCGCCAACCGCAGCCAGCUCGAACCUCUGAGCUCGCACUCCGGCCUCUGGCGGACCUGCCGGGUCCAGAGCCCGUGCGCGCCGCUGAUAAACCCCUUCUGGCAGGAGAACGUGACCUUCAGCGACUCGAGCCGACAACUUCUGACUAUGCAUGGGACAUUGUGAUUCUGCUGCCUCAGCCUGAUCCUGCUGAUUUUUGGGGGGAUGACAGGGUUUCUGAGCUUCCUCCUGCGAGGCCCCCUCCUCCUCCUGCUCACGGGGACCCUCUUCCUCUUUGGAGCCCUGGUGACCCUCGCGGGCAUCAGCGUCUACAUCGCGUAUUCAGCCACCGCCUUCCGGGAGGCGCUGUUUCUCCUGGAGGAGAAGGCCCUGCUGGACCAGGUUGACAUCCGCUUUGGCUGGUCCCUGGCCCUGGGCUGGAUCAGCUUCAUCGCUGAGCUGCUCACCGGGGUGGCCUUCCUGGCAGCAGCCCGCGUGCUCAGCCUGAGACAGAGGCAGGACCAGGCCAUCUGA